ACGGUCUCUGCUAUGAAUAAACUUUACAUAGGAAAUCUACCCAUUGAGGCGGACGAAGCAGCUGUACGACAACUGUUUGCAGAACAGAAUCUCACAGUUGCCGAUAUUUCAGUAAAAAGAGGUGGCUAUGCAUUCGUAGAUUUCCCAGAUCAAUCGGCUGCGGAUCGCGCUAUCGACAAACUGCAUGGUUUCUCGUACUGCGGGUUGCCGCUGGUCGUGGAGCCAUCAGUUGCAAAUAAAAAAAUCCUUAAUGUCCCGAACCUGCAGAGUGCCAGCACUACGCAGCUGAAGGAGACGAGUAACGAUACUCCAGCCGGCGGGUGGAAGCGGGGGCUUGACGCUCCUCCUAACAGCCUUUUCGGCAAAAGCGCGCAAGGGGCUCCCAGUUGGGACGAACCUCGGCCUUGGACUUUACCUUUGAGCAAUGCGAGCAAUGCAAACUCGCGAGCGGAUGCAACGCUCAACCUUAUGGGUUCUAAUCUUGACUAG